AAAAUAAGUUGCAAAAAUGCUGACGUGGCCCACCAAACCCACUAAAACACUUUAUUUUUCUCUAAACAACCUCCACCGUCCGAUACUCAUAUUCGGCGGCGUAGUCACCAACAUAGAACAAGGACUAAACGACGGAAUUUUUAAUCCACGCAUAACACUCUUAUUGGUCCUUCUCCCAUUUCAAUUAUUUAAUUCCAAAAUCAUUUUCCUCCUUCCCCGAUUCAGUAAAAAUCUCAACAGGAAAACCAGCGAUCAUAUCCUCCGUCGAUAUCAACUCUCGUCUCAACGUCUGUAAACUCAGUUCUUUGGGGUUCUUUUUCCUUUUUUACAAUUAACGCCAGCGUUGAGGCGUCGAGCCCCCAGGAGUUGCCCUUUUGUCUCCGGCGAGGGUUCUUUUUUGUGGAUUGAGGUCCGAAGAGAUGGUUAAUUCUAUGGUGGAAAGGGCGACGAGCGAUAUGCUAAUCGGUCCAGAUUGGGCUUUGAACAUCGAGAUCUGUGAUGUAUGCAAUCGCGAUCCUGCACAAGCAAAAGAUGUUAUAAGAGGUAUAAAGAAGCGUCUUGGUAGCAGAAAUCCAAAAGUCCAGCUUCUGGCCUUAACACUGUUGGAGACUAUUGUGAAGAACUGUGGUGAUAUUGUCCAUAUGCAUGUUGCCGAAAAAGAUUUACCCCAUGAGAUGGUGAAAAUUGUGAGAAAAAAGCCAGACUUUCAUGUAAAAGAGAAGAUAUUGAUUCUAAUUGAUACCUGGCAAGAAGCAUUUGGAGGACCAAGGGCAAGAUAUCCCCAGUAUUUUGUGGCAUACCAGGAUUUAUUGCGUCUUGGUGCAGUUUUCCCUCAGAGAUCUGAGAGGUCUGCACCUGUCUUCACACCACAGCAAUCACAUUCGUUGACAUCUUAUCCACCAAAUCUCCGUAAUACAGAAUCUGGACCUGAUGCUGCUGAAUCUUCUUCAGAAGCUGAGUUUCCAACAUUAAGCUUGACAGAACUUCAAAAUGCCCGUGGUAUCAUGGAUGUUCUUGCUGAAAUGCUGAAUGCAUUGGAUCCUAGCAACAAAGAGGGACUUAAGCAGGAAGUCAUUGUUGAUUUAGUGGAACAGUGUCGUAAUUACAAGCAAAGAGUGGUACACCUUGUUAACUCGACAUCGGAUGAAUCACUAUUAUGCCAAGGUCUAGCACUGAAUGAUGACUUACAACGUGUACUGGCUAAGCACGAGUCAAUUUCUUCUGGAGCUAUUUCUGUUCAGUUAGAGAAGCCAAAAUCUGAAGCAGAGAAGUCAAAUUCAGAAGCUACUAAAGCUUUGGUCCCUCUUGAUGCCCCUCUUAUCGACACAGGCGAUACCAAUCAAGGCAAAGAGUUCACAUCCAGUACUAGCUUAGGGACUCAACUAUCCCUCACUGCUCCUUCAGCAAAUCACGUUCAGCCAACUGCUCCUGUGAAAGUCGACCCCAAAAUUGACCUUUUGAGUGGAGAUGACUUCAAUUCACCAUCGGCAAAUUCCCUUGCUCUUGUCCCCAUCAGCCAGCCUCAGCCAACGAGCCCCAUUGCAUCGCAGCAGAACACGCUAGCUCUUGUCGACAUGUUCUCAGGAAGUAAUAACAACAGCCAGCCUCUGAAUUCCAUCGGACAAUUCUAUCCUUCCUCUCCCCAAUUUCAGCAGCAAACGAAUUUUCAGUCUCCACAGCCUUCAUUCUACCCCAACGGUACUGUUUCCAGUCCCACAGUAACUCAACAGGAUCAAUCACUCUACUUACAAGGCUCUGAUUCUGUGUGGAGGGCCCAGAUGGUCCAGCAACAGCAACCUCCUUCGCCCAUUAAUGGUGCUCAAAACAAUGCCUUUCCUCCUCCACCAUGGGAAGCCCAACUGGAUAGCAGCCUCUCAGUCACCAGCCAGCCUCCCCAAAUGCAAGCCAUAAACUCGAACAGUCCAUCACCAAACAACACAUAUUUCCCGGUCAACGGCAAUCUGCCCACAAGUAAUCAAAUGUCGGGCCUUGGCCCGAAUCCUAUGAUCAUCUAUCCUCAGCCAAUGUAUCCUCAGCAAAUAUAUGGAAAUCAGAUGGCUAGUUACGGAUAUGGCUACGGCCCACAGCAAAUCCAGCAGGGAAUUUCGGGACUAUCUCUCUACUCCACGUCAUCAACUCUGCCAUCUGGAAGGCCGUCCAAGCCCGAGGACAAGCUGUUUGGGGAUCUCGUUGACUUGUCUAAAUUCAAACAAGGAAAAACUACGCCAGCUAGACCUGGGAGCAUGUGACCUGGACUGGAUGUGGCCUUGGAUUUUGGUUGGGACUUUUGCUAUUGCCUUUGCUAACUUGGUUGACUUAAUAUUUUUUUUUUUUUUUAGAAAUAUUUUAUGGGGGUNUUUUUUAGCGAUUUGUUUUGCCCGAAACAUUUUUUCCUUUCUCUUAUUUUUGGUUUUAGUAUUUUUAUUUGUUAUGGGAUUUUUAUACCUGGCUCAUUAAGCUCAUGUAUAUUUCUUGUAGAAAGAAAAAAUCCGGUAUAAAAGAAAGGAACAUUUUCUUGUGUUUGUUUCAGCGGUUGUGAGUGAACAAGGCAUCAGUAAUUCUGUUGUAUGGUCAGUAAUAAAGUUAAAAUUAGGAGGUUAAUUUUUA